AAAAAAAAAUAAAAAGAGAUAUUUCGGAAAAAAAUGACAAUGAAUGAUCAUAAUAUAAAAAUGCAAAAAUUAUAUCCUGAAACUUCAAUUUCUGCUUCAAGUGCGGCAGUAUCAAUGGCAGGUGCAGGUAAUAUAAGUCCAAUGACGCCUACAUAUAGCAUGAAUUCAAUGGGAAUGUCCGCCAUGGCUUCCGUUUCACCGCAGUCAAAUAACUUUGGCUCACUUAGUGCAGUAUCAGCUGCGGGAAUGGGCAGCAUGAGUGCUGCUGCUGCCAUGAAUUCCAUGUCGAAUAAUUGCAUGUCAUCUACUCCAAUCGGUUAUGGAUCGAUGGGAUCUCCUCUGGGAAAUAUGGGAUCAUGUAUGGGUGGCAGUAUGGGUGCUAAUUUGACAUCCAUGGGUGGAUAUUCGUCGAUGGCUAAUAGUAGGGAGUUGGGAGACGGCGGUUCACCAAAUUCGGCCGUCAUGCAACGGGUACGUGCCGAAAAACCCACAACAUAUCGACGUAGUUAUACACAUGCGAAACCACCAUACUCAUAUAUAUCAUUAAUUACAAUGGCAAUUCAAAAUAAUCCACAUAAAAUGUUAACAUUGGCGGAGAUUUAUCAAUUUAUCAUGGAUCUGUUUCCCUUCUAUCGUCAAAAUCAACAACGGUGGCAGAAUUCCAUUAGGCACUCUCUAAGUUUCAAUGAUUGUUUCGUAAAGGUUCCUCGUACGCCAGACAAGCCUGGAAAGGGUUCCUUUUGGACUCUGCAUCCCGAUUCGGGAAACAUGUUUGAAAAUGGAUGUUACUUGAGACGCCAAAAACGAUUCAAGGAUGAGAAAAAAGAAGUAAUACGUUCAUUGCAUAAAAGUCCAUCACACAGUAUGGAUGCCAUAAGUCCUGGAAAAAAGGAUCAUAUGCAUGACGAUCAUCAUAGAGAUCACAAGAAUGGACAUGAUACACAUGGCAUGCUGAAUUCGCACGGUAAGGAUGCAGAUACACUAGCAAUGUUACAUGCUACUGCAGACUUAUGUUUAGCUCAACAAUCUCAUACACAGCAUGGUGGUGGCUCACACCAUCAUCAUCACCAUCAGCAAUUGCAACAAGCAGAGGAAUUAUCGGCUAUGGUCAAUAGAUGUCAUCCGUCGUUGCUAAGUGAGUAUCACUCAAUGCACCAACAUUUAAAGCAGGAGCCAUCCGGUUACACACCAUCUAGUCAUCCAUUUUCCAUAACUCGUCUAUUGCCCACCGAAUCAAAAGCAGACCUUAAAAUGUACGAUAUGAGUCAAUAUGCCAGCUACAAUGCCCUCAGUCCUCUGCCUAACUCGCAUCCUGCACUCAAUCAGGAGUCAUACUAUCAGAGUAUAGGUUAUCAUGCGCCAGCAGGUACGACCAGCUUGUGACAUCAAUAUCCAUUAGCAUAAAAUAAAUAUAAUAAAAACUACAAUUAUAACUAACGAGACAAGAAGAAGCGGCUGUCAAAGUAUAAUGCACGCUAUGUUUUUUACACAACAAUUCUAUUCAUCAUCUUUCGAAUAAAAUAUGAAAAAAAGAUACAAAAAAAAAAAAUAAUUAACUGUAAGUACAUUUUACCAACAAAAAUAACACGUUACUUGACCAUCUUUUUAAUUCAGUUAGACCAUUCAUCAUCAAGCAAGUGUGAAAAAUACCUUUUAAAGCUAUAAAAAAUAUUUAUUCUCUAUAAAAAAAAACAAUAAGAUGCAAUGUUUUCUCCAAUAAACUAUCACAAUUUGCUACCGCAUGUAUGCAGUCACGAAGUACAUAAAAUAAAUUCAUAAAAUUCAAUUCAAGAAGCAGCGGUACUACAACUAUCGUGAUCAUUAUUAAACGCGUGUAUAUUUGAAUGUACUUUAACUUACAAAUUUAUAAAAUUUUAACAAAGAAAUCCACUCACAAAG